AUUGGGGCGCCAGUAAGCAACUACCUGUUGCAGUGAUCGCAUCUCAGUACGGGAGGAGAAGAGCAGACUUGAACUUCACUUUCGAAAGCGAAGGCGUCUUCCUUUUUGCACCUGCUUAAGAGCUCUCCUCAAUCUUUCCGUUCACCGAAAUGGCCUCCAUCGAAUCGCUCGGUUCCUUCACCAAUCAAUCAUCAAGCUUCAACUUCGUUCCCAGGAUCUGUCAGUGCAGAGCAAUUGCGAGAGAUUGCGGGGAACUGUGGCUUCCCAUUUCCCGCAGGGGACAUUUCUUCAGCGACUCGAUCUUCGAAAAUUCCCGCACGUACUUCCACUCAGCCAUUCAGGAGAUGCUGAGCAAGUGGAAGGACAUGAACAAGCUCAAUGAAGAGUGGCUGAGCAACAGUCAGUCUUUAGCCAACAGCUUCAGUCUCUACAGACAACUGAGAUCCAGCAGCAAUCAAGAAGAUAAUCAGGCCUCCACUCUUGUGUCCGACAGCAAAAGUCAUAAGGUUGUGAUGGAUGUCCAGGACUUCGUGGAAGGAGGCAUCAAGGUGAAGGUCUUGGGAGAAAAGGAGGUGGUUGUUGAGGGUCAGGGGAAUGGCAGUCCUGGCGAAGGAUCCUUCUCCUCCAGAAGGUUCUGCAGGAAUUUCACUUUCCCAAGUUCUGUCAACAUGGCUGACGUCACCUCAGUGCUCUCCUCUGACGGAGUGCUGACGAUCGAGGCCCCAAAAAUGACUGCAGAAGACAAGGCUAAGUCAACCAGACAAAUCCCAGUGGAAAUUGAGGGAACGACAGCCACUGCCAGUUCUUCAUCAGAGUCUGUCGUGGACAUUAGUGCUCACUCAGAUGCAACGAAAGGAAAGAAUGACGUCGUUUAUUACUGCAGAGACUGCAACAAGAAGAUUGGCUCUUGGCACAAGGCUCCAGAGACGAAGUUGGCCCUGCAGGAAGGAGUGAAAGUGCCAAUAAACAUCAACGCGUCUUCAGGGGCUGAGAAGAUUAUUCCCGUACAGCAGGAGGCGUCUCCAGAUAAUAAAAAUGAUACACAGACAACAUACAUCAACAUAGAAAAAGAAUGGGAGGCAGAAAGCCGAGCCAAGAUCUCAAAAGAACACAAGGAUACAACAGAGAAUGCAAACGUCUUGCAAGUCGAGAGCAAAGCAAAUCAAAAGUCUGCCUCGAAUACAAACUGCUAUGACGUUCCCGUAAUGACUGGUUUCAGUCUUCUUCCUGUUUCUCGGAGAGGUCCUUUCUUCAGUGACUCCUAUUUCAGGAGUGUCCAGAAAGAUUUCCAAUCAGCAGUCCAAGAAAUCCUCUCCAGGUGGGGAGCGGCAACUUCCAUGCUUAUGGAAGACAACUUGUCUGCAUACAGAAGACUUCGCCUCCAAAACUUCGCAGAGGAGACUCAGGCCGUUAAGACAGCAGAAGACGAAACUAACCACAAGUUCGUACUAGACGUUCAGGACUUCAUGAAUGGUGGCGAGGUGACAGUGAAAGCCAUUAAUGACCGAGAGAUUGUGAUUGAAGGACAAAUAGAAAAGGAAGAAGGAGGAUUAAAGUCUCUGAAACGUUUCUUGAAGCGUUUCAGUGUACCAGGAAACCUCAAGCUUGAGUCUGUUUCUUCAGUUGUGUCUUCAGAUGGGGUACUCACAAUCACCGCCCCCAAGAAGCCUUCAUCUAUACAACUGAAAGAAGUUAUCGUCCCAGUGAGCAUUGAGGCAGCAGACGCCAAGGAUGUGGUAGUUAAGAAGACACAAGAAAACCAAAAUUCUUCCAAUUCCUCUUUCUCAUCAACUGAUAAUAACAGUGAAGGAAAUACUAUUUGUACCACCAGCCAGAAUGUGAGCAACCAAAUAAAAGUGCAAAGAGAUUGCACUGAUAAGAAUUUCGAGAGCUCGAAGCUGCAAAGCCAAGCAAGCCAAGCUGGUAAAGAAUGUAUUAUUCCAGUUAAUGUGGAAGGCGUGUCUGCUCACACAAGACAGCAGAGCUUAGACAAACAAACAGGCCUGACAAGAAAAUUCCAAGAAGAAAAGCAAGAUCUGCAAGUUCAACAGCAGACAGUGAAAGACCAGGCCGCCACAGAUCGUGUCAUUCCAAUCAAUAUACAAGGAUCUCCAGACAACACCAAGGCUCAUUCAGUCGCUCACCAGAAGGACUGCAUUAUUCCAAUUAGUGUGGAAGCAGAAUCUAGUCAUGUGAAGGCAGAGUCUUUCGGUGACAAAAUAAAGCAACAAAAUGAAAGCAAGGAAAGCAAUGCUUCUGCCAUCGGUCAAAAUGACAAAUGUCAUUUUCUCCACCAGAGGGCGAAAGCUGCCAGCAGUGAAAAGGCUCUCAUGAGUAAUCGACUUUCAGACAACCUUGCUUGUACUUCAGCAGCCACACAUUACCUCCCUAUCGCCAGAAAAGGACUUUUCCUUGAUGAUACUUUCUUCGGGGACUAUCAAAAGAGCUUCCAGGAAGCUGUGAAAGAUGUUCUUGUCAAAUCCAGGCACUUCAUGCACAACGAAGACUGUAUGACAGCCUACAGAAGUCUGCGACAGAGUGACCUGAGAGUUGAGAAUCAAGCUCUAUAUGCUCAAGAAGACAAUGACUCCUUUAAGGUAGCUGUAGAUGCUAAGGACUUCAUCAAUGGGGACCUCACAGUGCGAGUCAAAGGUGAAGAACUUGUGAUUGAAGGCAAAGCAGAAAACAGCGAAGCGAAGUCCGCGAACUCCUUGACUUUCUCUCAUCGCUUCCUCCUUCCCGAGUCCUUCAAUAUGAGCACCAUAACCUCGGCCAUCUCCUCCGACGGGAUCCUGACAGUGCAGUGCCCGAAGAGGGCGAACGCUGGUUCAGCAGACGGCGUCAGGAAGAUGUCGACCGAGGCCAGAUCGAAGCACGAGAGCCACACCGAAGGUGCUCACAAAUGGGAAGAGAAGAAGGUGAAGCAGUCUUCCGAGCAGGGAGACGGUUGCUCCUCUCGUACCCUCUGCAGUAGCUACAAUUCCUGCCAACAGCAGUCUUCACAAUUUUAAUGCUGAAUUCCAUUUUAUAUAGGAUUGUAUAUAUUUUUGUAAACAGAGUAGAGUUUUAGGAGAAACGAGAUGGAAUGAUCUGUGAUAUUCAUCCCAAAGAGUGCAAUUUGAUCUUGGUUAGUUUUCCGUUUUCCUAAAAUCGUCCUCAACAUCUCUGGGAUUAUUUCAAGGCAAGAAACAAAAGGUAAGAGUCAUCUCAUAUCUUCCUCUUUGCAACCUCAUUGUUAUCAAACAGAAUAUUGAUAGACAUUUUUUUUAUAAUUAUCAAAGGUUAAAUAAAAAAAUAAUAAUUAAAGGAAAUAUUUUUCUUACUUUGCAGGGUCUGUCUGCAGUCCAGAGACCUUAUGUAACUUCUAAAUCUUCUAUAAUUGCAAGUCUUCAAAUAACUCUUUAAUUUAAUACCUGCUAAAUUUUCUAAGGAGAUAAUAUUUAAUUACACAACGGAAAAUUGAUUUUGAUGCAAAUUAUUUCCAGAAAUCCUUUAGUUUGUUUUACCUCAAAAUAAGCAGUAAUAUCUUUAUGAAAUUAUCACAUAUUCAUAAAUUAGGGGUAAGAUGUCUUUAAUAGGAGUAUCACGAAUUGUUAAAACUUUAUCAUGGAUAAUAUAUAAAUAUAAACCCU